AGGACACUCAGAGCCGCAGCCUCUACAGACAGACAUGGCCUCGUCCACACCCGCCAGGAGCACUCGCUCCACCUCAGCCGCAGCAGGUGCCCCUUCUCCGGGGAGCCCGACCCGCCUGAGCCGCCUGCAGGAGAAGGAGGAGCUGCGGCACCUCAAUGACCGGCUGGCCGCCUACAUCGAGCGGGUGAGGUCGCUGGAGGCGGACAAGUCGCUGCUGAAGGUGCAGCUGGAGGAGAAGGAGGAGGUCACCACCCGGGAGGUGUCCAACCUGCGCCUGCUCUACGAGACCGAGCUGGCCGACGCCCGCAAGCUGCUGGACCACACGGCCAACGAGAGGGCCCGGCUGCAGGUGGAGCUCGGCAAGCUGCGGGAGGAGCACCGGCAGCUGCAGGCCAGAAACAGUAGAAAAGAAUCUGACUUAACUUCCACUCAGAACCAGCUGAGAGAUCUAGAAGCCAGACUGAACUCGAAAGAAGCCGAGCUCGCCACUGCAUUAAGUGCCAAGAGGUGCCUGGAGGAUCAGACCCAGGAGCUGGAGGCUCAGAUAGUCGGUCUUGAAGCCUCUUUGAGGGACACAACAAAACAGCUUCAUGAUGAAAUGCUAUGGAGAGUUGACCUGGAAAAUAAGAUGCAAACCCUUAAAGAACAGUUGGAUUUUGAGAAAAACAUUCACAGUCAGGAGGUGCGGGAAAUGAAGAAACGCCAUGAUACCAGGAUUGUGGAAAUUGAUUCUGGCCGACGCAUAGAAUUUGAGAGCAAACUAGCUGAAGCUUUGCAAGAACUAAGAAAAGACCACGAGCAACAAAUCAAUGACUACAAGGAGCAGCUGGAAAAAACAUUUAGCGCAAAGCUGGAGAACGCGCAGCUUGCGGCUGCACAGAACAGCGAUUAUGCAACUGCAACCAGAGAAGAAAUCAUGUCCUCAAAGCUCAGAAUUGAUAUGAUGUCCUCACAGCUGAGCCAGUGUCUGAAGCAGAACUCUGCUCUGGAAAAUAAGGUGCGAGAAUUACAGGAGAUGCUGGACCGCGCACAAGAUAUGCACCGAAGACACAUGUCUGAAAAGGACAGAGAGGUGGCCGACAUGAGGCAUAACCUGCAGGCACAGCUGGAAGAAUAUGAGCAGUUACUGGACGUCAAACUCGCGCUAGACAUGGAAAUAAAUGCAUACAGAAAAAUGCUGGAAGGAGAAGAGCAGAGGCUCAAGCUGUCUCCAAGUCCUUCACAUCGGAGCAGCCCAAGGCAAGCAAGCCGUUUGUUGCGUGGCAAGAAAAGAAAAUUAGAGCACGAAAGAGGAGAGGGUAGACCUGGGUAUAAGAUCAUUCAGGAGGCCUCCUCUUCAGGUCCAGUAUCUAUAGAAGAAAUCGACCUGGAAGGAAAGUACUUGAGGCUUGUGAACAAUUCAGAUGAGGAUCAGCAGCUAAGUGGAUGGACCAUUAAUAGGCAACAUGGAAGCCUGCCUGAAAUUGGUUUUAAGCUUCCUGGACGGUUCAUUCUGAAAGCAGGCCAAUACGUUACUAUAUGGGCAGCUGGUCCUGGAGCGAUUCACAACCCUCCUUCAGAUUUUGUGUGGAAAGCUCAAAAAUCUUGGGGAACAGGGGACGAUAUGAAAGUUACACUACUAGACUCCACUGGUGAGGAAUUUGCUGAACGGACGGUCUUUAGAGUGAGAAGAGACGAAGGGGAAACUGAUGAGGAAUUUCUUGACGAGGAAUUGGCUGAGUUUCGUUCUAAGCCCAAAAGAAAGAAAAAGAAAUGCUGCUUAGUGUCAUGAUGCAGCAGGCAGGUGUCUGCAGUCCCACAAGACCGUGGAUCCCAGCUGUUCUGUCAUGUAAUGCCAAAGCAGAAUCAGAUACUCUCCUGCGAACGCCACCCUUUCCAUUCCGUUUCGUCCACCUUUCCCAAGGAGUUCUUUUUUCCCUUUUAGGAUAGAAUAGGGAAGAUUUUGUUGCUGUUAGACCUGUAGGGAAGUUGUUCAUUUCCGUGCAGACCUCUGAAGGGGUGCACUGUAGAGCACAGAGUUGCAAUAACACUAAUUUCUAUGUUGUGGGCACUUUAAAUGUAAUUUGUAAGAAAUGCUAUGUUUUUUUUUUUUUUUCCUGAUAUUACAGAUUUUUCUACAGUUCUGAAAAGAGUUGCACAUGGGUGUCUGACGUUCACUUGUUCAUAGCAGGCAGCUAUACGUUAAGUAUUUCUGUACCUGAGAGCAGAAGCGGUGUUUUACAGUCUAUUGCCUUGUUGGCGUGGUUCCCAGCACUGUCUGUGGCAGUGCUGCCUGCAAUGACUGCAGUUUGUUUACUAGCCAUUUAAACCACUUUGUGCCCAUAGCGGAACAAAAGAGGAUAAAAAAAAAUUAAGAAAAAGAAGAAAAAUCUGCGUAAAGCCCCAAAGACACGACCAUAUCCAUUUUGCACCAUACACUAAAUACUGAU